AUGUCAGACAUGGAGGAGGUCUUGGAGAGGCAAGAGCGAGAAAUAAGAGAAAGAAAGCGUAGACGAACUGCAAGCAAAAGAGCGCAGAGAGAUCUAGAUCAGCAACUUGUCAUGGCUGUGACCAUGCCUGAUGAAGAAAACCAGAGCAGUCGUGGUUCACAUGAAGGCCGUGCCCCAAAUGUUGACAGACAUAGGCAUUCUCGGGGGAGAAGGAGGCGGCGAAGAAGAAGGGGGAAUCUUUCCAAUCGAAUAUUCUCGUGGGGAAAUUUGUACAAACAAAUUGGUGCUUUCAUUGAGAGCACGAGUUAUACUCAACGCGUGCUUAAGGAAUCCGUUCCUCCUAUUUUCCAAUCCACCGAAGCCUUCCAAAUAACCAUGGUUGGAAGCAUGAAGACGAGAGGCAAAACCGCCGCGAUGGCUAAAUCCGUGACGGCCCAAAGUCACUCCGCCCACGAUCCCGCGAUCGACAUGGUGGCCCCACCACCUCUCACCACCGCACCGGCCACCGCCGCCGAACAUUGUGGAACCUUCUAUCAAGGUGGGCUUGUUACCACCGCUGACUUAGGCCCGGUCUUGGAGCAACUUCAAGCGAUCCCUUCAUUGCCUCCACGCUCAACACACGCUCCCGCGCACACCUCCAAUGAAACCCUAGCCCGUAUGCAAUUGGGCUCCACACACUUCUCUCCUCCUGAUCCACGAAGUCAAGCAGACCUUAGUUUGAGAGUUGACCAGCUAGCUCAGAGAAUGGACGACCAAAGCGAUCUGAUGAGGCAACUCCUCCACCAAAUCAGCUUGGCUCAAAACCUUGGCCUUGGACAACUAGGCGAAGAGAGAAGGAUGGACGAACGCACCGGCAGGCAGCUCAACGGGUACCCAGCAGGUCAAGCAGGAGUAGGCAGACAAGGCGAGGGACAACAACUUGAUCGGCCUACCGACAUGUCACAAGCAUCCGCGAGCCCCACUCGGAGCAGAUUAAGUUCGAGGAACAACGUGCGCGAGAGGGUAGGCCCACGACUUGACGUCCACGCCCGCUUGGGACCGCAGGGAAAUGUACUUCAAAGGCUAGGCCCCCAAGGAGGACAAUCAAACAACCAUCGCAACGAGGAUCGUGAAGAAAGACGCUCAGCUGUCCACUCGCAGACGAACAUUCAUGAGAGGCUACGUCCCCAGGGUGGUCAACCGGAUAAUCCUCACAAUGAGGAUCGUGAAGAAAGACGCUCAGCUGUCCACUCGCAGACGAACAUUCAUGAGAGGCUACGUCCCCAAGGUGGUCAACCGGAUAAUCCUCACAAUGAAGAUCGCGAAGAAAGAUGCUCCGCUGCUCACUCACGAAGAGACGGCUCUCGUCGACGAGCUACGGAGAAUCUCUCGCAAGCGCAAUCCACCGACACUCCGCCUAGGCAGCGCAGACGAGAAGGUCGACACUCGCAGACCCAGGAGGAGGUCAGUCAACGUCGCCCGAAUCGCGAAGGUCGCCAACGUCUUCACCAAAGAGUACACCUCUUACCGGACGAUCAAGAAGAACCCUGA